CACUGCUUUGUUCAACUUUGUUCAAACAGGAGAUAUAAGAUGAUUCCCAAUCCACCACCAGAUGAGCGGUUUCAUUGCAAUAUAUCGCUCCAUCGUCUUUCUCUUGUCUCUGUGUUCUGAUAUUGGACACAGUCUCUUUUGGAACACAUUCAACUGCUCAGCAUCUCCAUACUAGACCUGCUGCUCGUCUAGUAAAUAUGGGCAAGCUGGUAGAUUCGAUGCUUAGGCUUUGCCCUGGAACCUGCGCAUCUUCCCAUCUUCAUGAUGAAAGGCUUCAUCUUCCUUUAUUCCUUGUGAGAGCAACACAUGAUGGUUCUCCAAACCAUAUCCCACCCACAAGCCAGCUCGACCCCGACGGCAGUAUGUGGCCUCGACACCGCAUCACACGUCCUGUCACUCGCGCCGAAGUCCGUUGCCACUUGGACAAAUACUCACGGAUCCCGACACAAUUCCUCUCCUUCACAACAUGGUACCACCUCCAUUCGAGAAUAGAAACAUGGAAAAAGGCAGGCGUGCAGAACAUCCGUGUCCACUUCGUCCUUACGACGGCUUUACCCGAUACGACUGAAAUAUAUCGAGCAACUGGUUUGAUCGAGAAUUUCCAACUCCAGCGACAACCAUGGAACGAAGAAGAAUAUCUUCUGCGUGGGCCCGUGGGCCGUAACGCGAUCAUUUUCUCCCUCUCCGGUGAUGGGGAGGAUAUCCUUGCUGGGAUCCCUUUGUUUGGAUUCCGAUACAAGGAGCCUAUAUUGAACUGUUUUCAGUUCCGGUAUGCACUGGAGCUCUUACCGACAGCAUUCUUCUACGGUGGAAAUGAUACUCACGUUUCUGAAGAUGAACUGAGGGAGCGCGUUCGGGAAUUUCCUGAUACCUUGGAACCUUUGGGUAACGAGAAUGCGUUGUGCAGGUUGUUCUUUGAUGCGUUGACACGAGGAAAGUUCUUUACGGUCAAGGACUUCGAAGUGUAUCGAGGAGAAAUCGGGUUAUGAUUUGUUUAUUUGCUAUUUCGUUUUCCGUCCGCUGAUGUAGUUAGCUAAGAGUAUGAGAGGUAUGAUAUAGAUUGUUUCGGGAGAUAUAAA